AUGCGGUGCGAAUGUCGACGCCUACUUGGUUCUGAUGUGCUUCAACUUACCCUCGGAGUGCACGAAGUUGUUGGCAUACUCCUUCCUUCUGAAGUGUCUAACCUUGGGCUCCUGAACAUAGAAACUCCAGCCCUGGCCCUCGGCAAAACGAACAGCCGCAUCCUUGGUGUCAAACUUCAUGAUGGUGCCCUGCAAAGCGUCUGCACUACCCUGGUAUCCCAUCAAGUCGUUCUCCCAACGGUUGCCCUUGCCCAAAACGUCCCAGUCCAACUUCCAGAAGGUGGCGUUGUGGGUACCGGACUGGGUGGCCGGCUUGGACUCUCUGAAUAUACGGACCACUCUUUCGGUGGUCAUUUCUUUGGGAGCACCGGAGAUGAGCUCUUUUUGCAACUCCAGGUACACGACGGCUUCCUUGGCCAAAACAGGGGCCGUGCUCAACGAGCGGACGGCCGAGGGAGCUCUGAAAAGGCUUCUGGAGAACAUGGUGGUGGGGUCAAACGGAGGUGA